AUGUUUCUUGCACAUCAACUGCGCAAUACGGGGCACAUGUCCGUCUAUGCAGCGGAAUGUGGCUUUCCGGUACACCGACAGCGGUACCUUCGAACAGCUCUAACAUCGCAACACGUCUGCCCAUAUCUCACUACACUUUCAUUCAGACGUGCAACUUACCGACUAUCUUCUACUCCUAAUUUGCUUAAUCACACUAUUGUUAACAGUGUGAUAAAAAUCGCAGACGUUCGUCGUCGCUCCUUACGGGAACCUGAAAGAUGUCUUGCAACAACUUCUUCCAUGCGAACAUGCUCGUCCACAAUAACACCAACGGGUACGGAUGCGGGUGUGGUCAAGAACGAUAAGGGUACCUCUAGACUCUUGUCAAAUAUGAAGGAAUUGGUACAAACUUUUAACAAAAGAGCUAGAGUUCAACUCCUGAUAACUUACAAAACAAUCGAGGAAACAUCACCCAGGGACAACAAGUAUGAGCAUGAGCAUGUAGAGAAAGUUCAUAAAUGUCCAAGUAACAGGAUCCAUAGUCCUGAAUCACGAAAGUAUUUCGCCCAUUGUGGGAGACACUACACCAGGCAAGGAGACAAGAAGAAUCAUGAAGAGAAUUGCGUCAAAUGCAGGAUAAUGCAGCAAGAGGAGAGGGAUAAAGCUCAAACCCAUCACGGACUCCUAGAUAUGGUAAAAGGCCUCGUGGUGAGCAAGUUGAAAACAAUCACUGCAAGCGGCGUACUAGAUGCAAAACAUGAUAGUACGAAUCACCCGCAGAAGAGGAAACCCCGGGAGAUCGAUCGCAAUACUGCCCAGCUAAUGAGUGUCGAGUUAUCCCGGGUUACUACAUCAAAAUUAACGCCAGGCGACGAGCAGGGCUACAUCUACAUACUUCGCGACUCAAAAAAUGGUCUUUUGAAAAUCGGGUUUGCCAAAGAUCCCAAAGUACGGAUUAAACAACACAAUAAGUGUGGUCGAGACUUGAAACCUGUUUAUGUGACGCAUUGCGUCAAGUGGACGAAGCGGGCUGAGCGGAUGAUCAAGUUGGAUCUAAAGCACUUGUGUAGACCUUGGUUCUGUCCAUCGUGUCGACAACGCCACGUGGAGUAUUUCGAAGUCACAGAGGAGAGAGCAAAAGCGAUCGUAGAGAGUUCGGAUGGGAACAUCACUCCGUUAUGGAAUCAUUUGAUCCUGUUCGGCAGAAGACCUAAUCAACCGAUGGGAACUUAUGAUCAUGAAGCCCGAUGGGCCCACUGGAGUUGGGUAUUAUCCUCGCCCUCAGAAGGCGGUUUAAGACAUUUACAAGAGAGCACUGCACAGCACGGAUUUGGCCAUGAUGAUGGCCUAAUGCCUGCUGGGAAAAAAAGCGAUCGAACAAUGAGAUACGACGACUUAUCCACAAAAGUCUCUGUGGCAAGGGUUUUAGGGGUUUGGGUGACUAAAACAGCUGAAAAAUCCUGA